CGAUUGAAAGUUUUUGACAAAAUAAAAUAUAUAAAACGCCGAAGCACAGAAGAAAUUUAGAAUUUAGAAGGCUAUGGUUGACACAAAAUGUGACAGAAUGUCGGGCAAACUUGUCAUAAUAAAAGAAAUUUUAUUGAAAUACGCAUAUUUAUUAUUUCUGAACGGAAGCUCAUUUUUCUGCGUUUUGGAAUGAAAUAAAAUAAAUAAGAAAUGGAUUUUGGCGAACGUCGUAUUAAUAUUGAUGAAGAGGUACCUGUUACCUGUGGUGGAAGUCUGAUCUCUUUCAGAAUAAAGUUAGAAAAAAAAUUAAGUAUUCUGGACAUUUUCGAAGAAUUCAUCGACGCAGAUGGAGUGCAUGAUAGAGAGAAAUAUAUAAUUAAGAAUGAAGGAAGGAACUCAAAUUCCUCGGUUAUAGAAGUCGAUACAAAUCAAUCACCAUCCACUUCUACCAAAGCAUUGCCUCUUGUAUCAGAAACGCCGAGCAAUAAAUCUGAGCCAGUUUACUUUGAGCAGUGGGAAUUUCCUGAAUAUCACUUGUUUGAUCAUCCCGUAGAUCAAGAAGGAUAUCUUGAUAAACACCAUACUGCCGGUCCUAAUGAUGACAAGAAAUGGCAUGUUAAAUCUCUUCCUUCGAAUACCGAGAACUACAAGUGCCUUAUGUGUGAUUUUGAGAUCAAUUAUGAGACGGAGCUUGCUUUACAUAUCAAAUCUGUUCAUUUCAUCGCUAAGUGUGAAGUUUGUGACUAUAUUACAAGUACAAAAGAUAACCUCAAACAGCAUGUCGAUUUGAUUCAUUCAAAUAUCAAGAAACACAAGUGUCACAUAUGCGAGUAUGUUACAAGUAGAAAAUGGGACCUUCAAAAGCACGUUGACGCCGUUCAUUUGAAUAUCAAGAAACACGAAUGUCAAUUAUGUGAUUACGCUGCCAGCGAGAAACGAAUCAUCCAACAACAUGUGAAAUCUGUUCAUUUUAAAAUAAAGGAACACGAAUGUCAACAUUGCGACUUUGCUACAAGUACUAAAGUACACCUCCGAAAGCACGUUGACUGCGUUCAUCUGAAUAUCAAGAAACACGAAUGUCAAUUAUGCGAAUAUGCUACGAGUAACAAAAAAGGCCUUGAAUUACACGUGAAUUCCGUUCAUUUGAAAAUUAUGGAACACAGGUGUCAUUUAUGCGAGUACGUUACAAAUAGAAAACCCAGCCUUCGACUGCAUGUUGACUCCGUUCACUUGGGUAUCAAGAAACACAGAUGUCACUUGUGCGAAUACGGUACGAGUAAAAAGAACGAUCUUGAAGUACACAUGAAAUCUGUUCAUUUGAAGAUUAUGGAACACAAGUGUCAACAUUGUGAAUAUGUUACGAAUAGGAAAAAUGUGCUUCUGAAGCAUGUCGACUCUGUUCAUUUGAAGAUCAGGAAUCACGAGUGUCCCUUAUGUGAUUAUGCGGCAAGCGAGAAACGUAUCGUCGAACAACAUGUGAAAUCCGUUCAUUUGAGAAUUAAGGAACACAAGUGUCAGCAUUGCGAGUAUGCCACGAGUACCAAAGGGUUCCUUCGAAAUCAUGUCGAUUCUGUUCAUUUGAACGUCAAGAAACAUAAAUGUCACUUAUGCGAAUAUGCUGCGAGUAGAAAGAUAGACCUCGAGGUGCACAUAAAAUAUGUUCAUUUCAAAAUUAUGGAGCACGUGUGUCAUUUAUGCGAUUUUGUUACGAAUAGAAAAUACAGCCUUCGACAGCACGUGGACUCUGUUCAUUUGGCCAUCAGGAAAUACAAAUGUCACCUUUGCGAUUAUGCUGCGAUUAGAAAAAACGAACUUAAAGUGCACAUAAAUUUGGUUCAUCUGAAAAUUAGGGAAAGGAAAUGUUGUAUGUGUGAAUAUGUCGCGAGUUCGAAACAUUACCUUCAACUGCAUAUGAAGUCUGUUCAUUCAAAUGGCAAGUAACAAGUGUCAGUUAUGUGACUAUGCUACAGAUAUAUUUUUCAUAUAUUUUCUGUUGCAUCCAAUACCAAGUUUAUUAUAAUGAUUAUAAAUAAAUGUUCCCUUUCUAAUGUUAAA